AGCUCUUACUGCUGUUGAAGAUGGGAUCGCAUUACUCAAAAAAGUCAUCUCCCCGCUGCUCAACGGCAGAACAAUGUAAUUUAAUAAUCUGUGCAAAAUCUGUGCCCCAGCAGUGAUUUGGGAGGAAAUGAAAAGCUAGAAAACGACGACGUGGGAAAACCAACGGCAAAGGAAAUAAGCAGGAACAACAUAACGACAUGCGGGGGGGCUCCUAAAGCCACGCCACGCGAUUUGUUAUAGUCAACGAACGCACACAGGCUGUUCGCUGGGUAAUUUAUGAGCUUAAAGGAUGUGUGCCGUGUUUUUGUUUUUUUGCUAGCUAACGCUUUUCUACUUCUACUCGACUGUUGAUAUGCUGCAACGCGAUUCCUAGUAUCAGUCGGUGGCGCCUCUGAUCUACACGCUAGAUAGAACGCGUGGCCAAAACGUAAAGCAAACCGUGUACCUUGUGUGUGUGUGUGUGUGUGUGUGUGUGGAUGUGCAGCAAACACAAAAGAAUGCUGAAGUGAAAAUGAUAUUUAUAUUCCGGCAACUGUUGAUGCGAAAAGUGACGGGCAAAAGUGAGCUGUGUCCCGCUCCGGGCGUGUAAUGCAUUCACCGGGUACGAGAAUCCCCGUUGGCCCGACCCCCGAUGGAGUGUUGAUUUGCGCUUUACCCUGUUAGCAUUAUUUAUAAACAAGUGCAGCGUGCAGUGUGUUGUGUUGUGUUACAUACCCGAUACUGUCCCGGACAAAGCGUCACACCUCUUUACGAUCUGGUUCGAUCGUUGGUGUCACGGGAGCAGGUAUUCCACGCGAGUGGAGGAAGCAGUGUGGGUGAAGUUGUUUUUCGUCGAAAAUAAGAAGAAGUGCUUCUGUCAAAGAACUUAGAGUAAAUUUUGAUGAAACACUGUUGAAACAUCGAAAUCCGUUCUCAUCAAACGGCGUGGAAGGUUGCAACAAAAAACAGUUUAUGUGUUAACAGUGCAAAAUCAAGUGAAUUCUUCCAACGGACAUUGCAUUGAAUGCAAAAACAUUGCAGCAUUAUCUGGCUUCUGCAUCACCCUGCCUGCCCAACCCAACGCAACACGCUAUUCUCAUUAGCCGUUUACGUUCAGCGACGGAAGACACCAGUAGCCGGCAGGACAAGCAGUGUUUGGCGCAAUGCAACGAUGGCCACCACUGCGCCGGUUGACGAUGCAAAGUGUGAUACCGAGACGCUCGGUGACGAGAUUGCCAACGGCGAUGAAGAUGAUGAUGACGACAAUGCGCUGAACAAGGGUUGACAGUGCACAAGCACCCUUUAUACCCGCCAACAGGAACUUUUGUGAAACACGAGCGUUACAUUAAAGUUUAGUGUCCUGCGGGUCCCCAAGACCGGUGAAGAAAACCAGAACUCGUACUCGCCCUCUCUCUCUCUCUAGACCUUAGGAUACAAUUUGCAAAGCGAUUUCGAUCUCGAUCAGUCGUCAUUGAACACGGAGUUGGGUGGAUAUCAUGGAUGAAACAACGGACCGGGAGGCCGACGGUCGGGAUGCGUUCCCGGCAUCCGGUCGGGAGCAGCCUGCAGGUCGUCGGUUUGCCCAGGAAACCAAUAUGGAAGACUUUGGUGCCCAGUGGUUGACAUUGAACGGUAGUGAGCUGGAUACGGAGUACAAGCAACAAAACUUGGGCAUCUUCGAGCGGAUGGAAAUGGCAGGCAACAUGUCGAACGGGACGUCCGAUUCGAUCAAAAACCUGGAGCAACAAAUCAACAGCUUUUACUUCUACGAGACUGAGCAAUUUGCAGUAUUAUGGAUAUUAUUUGUAGUGAUCGUGCUUGGCAAUACGGCCGUGCUGGUGACGCUGUUUCUUAACAAAAACCGCAAAUCGAGGAUGAACUUUUUCAUCAAACAGCUUGCUAUUGCAGAUCUGAGCGUCGGGCUGCUAAGCGUGCUGACGGACAUUGUGCAGCGGAUAACGAUCUCCUGGUUGGCCGGCAAUGUCGCCUGCAAGCUGAUCCGCUUCGUCCAGGUGUGGGUGACGUACGCAUCGACGUACGUGCUGGUGGCCCUUAGCAUCGACCGGUACGAUGCCAUCACGCAUCCGAUGAAUUUCUCCGGCUGCUGGAAGCGUGCCCGCCGACUGGUAGCCGCUGCAUGGGGCUUCAGUGCCGCCUUUUCGUCGCCAAUGUUUUACCUGUACGAGGAGCGCAUCAUACAGAAUCAGGUGCAGUGCUGGAUCGAUCUCGGUGAUCCGUUCCGGUGGCAGGUGUACAUGUGCUGGGUAGCGGCCUCACUCUUCGUCAUUCCGGCGUUCAUCAUUUCGGCAUGCUACGUCAUCAUCAUACGGACGAUUUGGAGCAAGGGUUCGAUGCUAGGGCCCGCUCCGGUUGGGACGGGUGUACACGGAGCAAAACAUCGCCCUCUUCGCAAUGGAGGCUGUGCGGAGCUCGCGAGCCGACGGGCCAGCUCACGGGGCAUCAUCCCCAGGGCCAAAGUGAAGACGGUCAAGAUGACGAUCGUCAUAGUGAUCGUGUUUGUGCUCUGCUGGUCACCGUACAUCGUCUUCGAUCUGCUGCAGGUGUUCGAGCAGAUACCGAAGACGCAAACCAACAUCGCGAUCGCCACCUUCAUCCAAAGCCUGGCGCCACUCAACUCGGCCGCCAACCCACUGAUCUAUUGUCUCUUUUCCACGCACUUUGUGCGCACACUGAAAAGACUUCCACCAUUCCGAUGGCUGCUCUCGUCACCGUUUUGCUGUGCCAGCGAGGAGGACCGCUCGGAACGGGGCCGCUGCGGUACGACCUCGAACGGAAAUCGCAACCUGCGCAACCAGCACAGCAGCAGCUCGAUGCGAACGUUGACCACCUCGCUGACCGUGUCGACUCGCCGGUCGACCGCUACAACCAUUUCAACGCGCGGCACGAACGGUGCUGCUGCUGCUGCGGGUGGAGCGACUGGCCGCCUGCUCGUGUAGCGAGGGGUGGUGGGGAGUGGGCUGGCAAGUGGGCCACCGCCCGGUGCCACGCAGGUCUAUCUCGAUACCGAGGGCAAAAUAUUCCUCGUGCACAAGACCGCUCUCCACCAACGCCUUGCUUAGACAGAGACAACUUAACUGAUGCGGGUUCGGUGUCGGUUUGGUUUUUUUUUGCGGAAGGAUCUCAACCCAUCUGCCACCGUCUGCCAUCCAUCCGUGUUGGGCAGAUCCGUGUGGCUGGGUGCCAGUCAGUGUUUUAUCUAGUCAGGAUGUGCGAUAUAGCGAUAACACAAAACCUUUCACCCCAACUUUUCCCAAAGAGCAAGCAACAGCAAACAACGAAGAACACGCGCCAGCGAGCCCAGUUUUAUGGAGGUGGGCUUUGUAAUAAUGUUUUCGGGGUGGAAUUUUAAACCGUCUACCGGGAGCAAAACCCCAUGGAGGGUGUCAUGUUCGAAAAAGGAGACUAAUACGCCGUGAAGCAGCUCGUAAACCAGGCAUUGUGUUAUGCAAAUUGCAUACCUGUAGGCGUCCCGCUAGCUAAAGUAAGGUGGAAACAGUCUGCAAAAUGUGUAGUGCAAAGUGCAUGAUAAAAUUUGCUUGGUUUUUCGGCAGCUUGUUAGCAGGACGUGUGUCACCAGGGUUUUGCAGCUCUGGGGAACAAAAUUCCACCCCGUAAAACCAUCUUCUUGGGAGAUCAGAACAACAGAUGAGAGGAUAAAAUGUAAUUUGUACCGUGCAGCCCUGUCGUUUGGGGGUUAAACCCUUGAGUGCAAGCGCAGUUCACGGUAGCCAUUUUGUCGUGACACGAUGAUAAAUCGAUCAAUGUGCUUUGAUUAGCUUUAGGUAUUUGUUAAGCAAAAAGAAAAGGAAAAUCUUUUAACAUAAGGUUGAUAGAGAAAAAGGUAAAGGUGCGAUGUGAUGUGUACGUGAGGUAUGUGAAUCGUUUUCGAAAGGCUUUAGAACUCAAAUGGAAUCGAAAUAAUUUUAACAACACACACGCACAGCCCUAAAUGUUUUGAUUUCCUUUUUAAGAGGAUGAAAAUGGGUAUUUAGAAAUAGUUUCUGUUCGUUACCGUGCCACAUUGAAAGUAAGCUAUUCUGGUAAUUUUUUUAUUUGUUUCGUUUUGGUAGGCCUGUAAGGGUUUAGCGGAGGAAAUAUGUACAGCGAACAGAAUGGUUCAAAAACGAACGUGCCACAGGUCGAUCUUCGAGUCUAGAACUUGUAAGGAGAGCUUUAUGUGUCUCAUCCUUCCUGAACACUGUAGGUAUGUCCUUCAAAAAAGCAAAACGAACGAAUAUCAUCUGAGCAUUUAUAUGUAGAAUCCCUUUUACCUACGCCCGGUAGCGAAAUUCGAUAAGUAAAUGUUUUUGAUUAAUUUUGCAAUCAAACGAUAAGUUUUGUUUCGAUUGCGCCACAUCACGCAAAAAGUGUACCAGUUCCACCGCGAUUUAAUUCCAUUUGUGCAAUGUGUAGAAAUGUUUCCCCACGCCUGAAAGUAUGCAAUUUAACGAUUCAUAAAUACUUUUAAUGCUCUCCAGGAGACACUUUAUUACUCCCCUUUACUUUGUGCGCCCGAAAGCUCUCACCGGCUGUAGAAUUGAAAACCGUUACAUUGCAUACCUUUAGGCGCCCACAAUCUGGACGUAACUCUCUCUACUCUUCUGCUCCAUUACGACUGAUGAUGCUUUAAUAUCCUAAUUUUUGUACAAACGUAAACAAAACCCGCGAUCGUUGUAGAAUUGUAAAAACGGAAAACAUUCUUGUAUACCUGUUGAUGAUAAAUAUAUACAAACAAUAAAUGAAAUAUAUAUACAUAAUACAAAACAACCAAA